AAAUAGUUUCGUCUUCCAACGGUUAUCGAAAGGCGCGAGUGAAAAAUAAUACCUAGUGCAAUAAUUUUGUGUUGUUUGUGGAAAUACCCGAAACAAUUUUCAGGUGCAUGUUUCUGUAGCGUUAAGUGCAUGAAAUGGCCGACGAAAGUUUCGAUUUCAACAUAACGAAAUUCCUCGCCGAGCAGAAGCAACUGCUCGCCUUGGAACGGGAACGUUUCGCGGUGGAAAAGAACCGGAUCCUGGAACCGGAAAGUGUAGGCUCCCCCGGCAAGGUCGAGCACGUGGCCGAUAGUCCGGCGGGCAAGCAGGUGAAAAACAAUUUGAACUCCAAGCUAGUUCUGGGAGAUAAUCGUCCCGGGAAGGAACCGAGGGCUGCACCAGAGGGGCGUAGUUCCGAUGGUGAUAAGGAAAAUCAAUCGGAUAAUACCGUGCUGAAGGAUGGUGGUGAAGAGUGUCCAGUGGAGAGGCUGCUCAGGGCAAGUGGAAAUGGUGAUGGUUUGAAAAUUGUACAUUUCGAAGAGUACAAAAGUGGCGCCAAAGAUCUUAGCAAGACACAGGAUAAUACACCUACCAAACGUGAUGAUGAAGCAGUAUCCUCGACGAAUCCAGAUAAGCAACAGGAUGAAAUGGAAAAGUGGGUAUCGGACACAUUUUAUUCCUACUUCCCGAGCUUCAACAAGAGCGAGAACGACAAGAAAUCGAUGCUGUCCUGCGCCCGACAAGCCGACUAUCAGGAAUAUCUGAAAAAUAUUCCCCAAGUGACAACGAAGCACCAACAGUACAUGGAAAAGUACGGCGAUCAAGCCGUCCAGACAAUGACCGAUAUGGUACCCGAAACCAAUGCAACUGCCAGCAAGAAUUAUCUCAGUCCACAUAGCAACCACCACCACCACCAACAACAACAGCAGCAGCAGUCGCAGCAGCACCAAAGCUCCCCGUACAGUCCCAGCCACAUACCGACGAUCAAGAAAACCCUGGCCAGUGACGCGGGCACCGGCUCGUACGUACGCAAAGGUAGCCCUCGCGAAAAGCACAUGGAAGAUCUGAUCCAUACUGAUCUGUCUGCCAUUCUCAAUACAGAUACGGUCGACCGGCGGAACCGGAUGCUAGCGGAAGAGGAAAGUCGACGAAAGCUGGAGUACCAAAAGGAGCUGAUCCAGCAGAUUGAGGAAAAGCGGAAGGAGGUGGAACGACUGCGGGAAAAGGAAAAGCUGGAGGAAGAGAUGCUAACCAGCCGCUUGGAGCAACAGUUGAAAACCAUGCAGCUGGAGGAAGAACUGGAAAGGGAAAAAAUGCGCUCCGAGAAGAUUCGCAUUGCCAACGAGCAGAACCACAUCCGCCGGCUGCAGCUCCUCUCCAAGCUGGAAAAUGACCACAAAGUGUUCAACCCGCACGACGACCAGCGGAAAACCCUUUCGGAAAAUGGCAAAGAAGUCUACCUGGACCCGUCGCAGCAGAAACCGGAAAAGGAAAAAAUCUACCGCUACUUCAGCAACUCGGCUCAGAACGAAAAACCCGCCAGCUUCACCUCUUCGAGCAUCUCCUCCGAGCAGGACUACGACUCUUCCAAUGAAUCCAUGAACUACGAUCGCUAUCAGUACUGCAAAAACUGCCGCACUGACAUCGAUCGAUCGUUUCUUCCACAAAACACGCACCGCCAACACCAUCACCAUUCACAUCGUCAUCAUAAUCUCCAGCCGAAUCCGGCAGCUGCUCCCCCCAGGAAAGAAGACGCACACUGUCUCAGCUGUCGCAAACGGAUCGAGAAGCUUUGCGCGAAUUGUGACCGCGUGAUGAAGCGGUCGAUGAAGCAAAAUCUGUGCACGAUUUGCCAUCAGGCGCUGGAAAAUAGUCGACUCCAGAAAGCAGCUCAAACGGAACUGAAACGCCAGCGAAACAAGUUGCUUCGCUCGAUGGAACGACUGGACGACGAAGAUGAGCUGGAACGUCCAGCUCCUCCUCCCGCAGUGUCAAGCUCACCACCCCCGAACCCGUACAAAAUCAUCGACAUUCAGUAUCACGAGAGCGAAAAUGACCACGACCUGGCCGUGCUAAAUCCGGUAAUCGUACGCAACAACUACAAGAAACCGUACUCGCUCAACAUUGACAAGGACUCGCUCUUCCAUCCGAGUAAGAAAACACCCGACCCGAAAGUAUCGGUCAAUAUCCGCAACGGCGAGGUCUUCGUGGACAACAAGCUAAGUGGAACGCCAAAACUACACCACCAGCAGCAACAGCAGCAGCCGCAACACUCCAGGGAGGACGAUACCGAUGACAUCACCACCGACGAAAUGGACGAUCGGAUAUCGAAAUACGUGAAGCACUACAACACGCUGUGGAUGAAGCGGAGCACCCGCAAGAAUAACCUCAUCUCGCAGAAGAAUGCCAACGUAACGACGAACCCUUCGGGUGUACUGGGCAGCAAGUUUGGACCGCUGCCUUCGCUUUCGCCGCCGAAAGUGUACGUCAGCGAUCGGGCCGAUAAUCUGAAGAGCGACGCCAUGAAGAUCACCGAGAAGAAGUGGGAUAUUCCCGCCGUACAACGUACCAUGGUUACACCCCGAUCGCCCCGGGUCCUAACCCAACUGGGCGCCAUCCGGAAGCAACUUCAAGUGGAGCAGUUGCAAAUGGAUCAAACCUACCACAGUGAGCAGCACAGCAACUAGCAUGCGAACAACAGAGAUGUCGUCCACGGAUUAACUUUGUGCCUUUUUCCUACGAAAAGAAAACCGUCCAACGAAUCCUCCAUUUUAACGUUUGUAACUUAAGUAAUAUAAUAUCUCAGACUGUACAAAAGCAAUUUUCUUUUUGAACGUUAACUUUCUUUGUUAAGUAAAAUUAAAAACACAAGAGAAUAAAGUAUGUUAGAA